AAAGGAGGUUUGACGGUUAAUAUCGGACACGGGUUGCGUAACUUGAUCGUCAAUGGAAAAAGUGUUGGUAUCCAGGGAAAGGUUUGUGAAGAUUUAUUUACUUACCACACAAUUUCAUAUAGGAAAGAAAAGCACUGAAUCCAUGUAAUAAAUUUACGUGGUUUUUCCACAAACAAAACUAUUAUAUUUUAUCGCCAUGCAAACAUACAAAGAACUUAUUCAAACUAGUCAUCAUCAUUUCUUUAAACAUAUAAAUAUGAAACGUAUUAAUGCAACAUUUGUGGGACUAAUGGACAUUGCCCAAUGACAAAUUGAUUGAAUUUUAGUUAAAUUGGGAUGAAAUUUGGUUAAUUAAGAGCGAGGUUAGCAACUGUUGUUUUGAUUUGCCAGGCAGAGUUAAAACUGCUUCCUGUAAUUAGCAUGUUGUGCAAUUUAUGCAUGAUACAUAACUUAAUAGUUAAUUCACUGGCGGUAUGUGCAAGCGCACCUUAUUUUCUAGAGACUUUUGGGAGACCCUCAAUUAUCUAUUGCCGACUAAGCUAAUUCCGAUAAUGGACAGGUUGAGAUAUUUGUUCACAACCUAUAAACUUUGAUUCUAGAAAAAACGAAUAAGUUGAUCAGUCAAUCUAGAUAACUAAUAAGUUGAUCAGUCAAUCGAUUAUGGACUGACGCAGAAUUUUGUAAUCUUUAUUUCAGACUGUAGUUGCUUUCCAAGCAACGCUGACAACAGGUAGAAUUGGACCUAACUACGCCAGCGGGGCCAUUAAAUUUAACGCCGUUACUCUGAACAUUGGAAACGGUUAUAACCCAAGCACUGGCAAAUUUACUGCACCGAUUGCAG